UUUUGUUUUAGUUGCUGAAGAGCCACCGGUUGUGGAGCACGUAUACAAAGCGCGUUAAACAGGCACUAAACUCGCGUUAAAACUCCGGGCCGAGCCUCCCGUUAUCAUCCGAAAGGAAAAGGAACCGUGUCGUAUGUCCGCUAUCCAGAACCUCCAAACUUUUGACCCCUUUGCUGAUGCAACUAAGGGUGAUGAUCGGCUCCCAGCAGGGACUGAGGACUACAUCCACAUAAGAAUCCAGCAGAGGAACGGCAGGAAGACUCUGACCACAGUGCAGGGCAUUGCCGAUGACUAUGACAAGAAGAAGCUAGUCAAGGCCUUCAAGAAGAAAUUUGCAUGCAAUGGGACAGUGAUUGAACACCCUGAGUAUGGUGAAGUGAUCCAGCUGCAGGGAGACCAGCGCAAAAACAUCUGCCAAUUCCUCACAGAGAUUGAAUUGGCCAAAGAGGAACAGCUCAAAGUCCACGGUUUCUAGAACCAGUUUCUUGCCCUCCCCACCCCUCCCUUUCUCCCUGUCCCCUCCCUUUACUAAUUAACCCUUCCACCUCCCCUCUAACCAUCCUGUCCCCCGAAAGGUAUAAUGGAGAUGACUCUAGUUCCUGAUUGGAGAUGUUGCUCCAACAUGGCUUCCUCACAGCUCAGAUGGCUGAUGCCAAGCUGAUUUUCUUUCCUUUUUAGUUAAUUGUGCUUUUCAUCUUUGUUUUGUACAACAUGUUUCAAUAAAAAUCUUCAGAUGCGACAUCA